AUGGAACGAUGGCUCUCUUUCUUCUACGAGUACAACUUCGUCGUGCAAUCCAAUCCAGGCAAGAAAAACAUUCUUGCGGACGCGCUGUCACGACGCCCGGAUUACGAACCUCGGAUGGCACUCAGUUGCCAGGCUACUGACGACAAAGAUGAGGACGAUCGAUUUGCGACGUGUGUGUCAUUGAACUUUGUUCGGGUCACACAUGAGCUAUGCCUUUUCGAUAAAUUUGUCGCGGCUUACGCGAACGAUCCAGACUACGCGGACAUUAUGAACUAUCUGCGCGCUCCCAGUGCAUCAUCACUAAGAGCUCUUUCGCGAACGAAGAGUGAUCACAUCCAUCGAAACAGUGUAGAUGGUGAUUUGCUGUUAUACAGCAACGAUCGAUUCGAUGCUCCUCGAACGGUAAUCGAAAACGACUUGGAUCUGCGUGCUCGUUUCAUCCACGAGUACCAUGAUGCCCCAUCUGGCGGUCUUUUGUGCCACGAGGAGACUUUCGCGGCUGUGUCGCGUGACUUUUUCUGGCCCCACAUGUACAAGUGGGCUCGCAACUGGAUUCGCACAUGCGAAAUCUGUCAAAGAGUGAAACCAUUUACAUCGUCGCAGGCCCCCUGCGACCCUUGCCGAUCGCAGCUCAGGCUUGGCGCUCAGUGUCGAUAA